AUGUCCGCACCAACCGACGACGACCCCUUCGCCAAAGCCGCAGCCGCGUCUUCGACCUCCCUCCCCUCCGGCGGCGGCGGCGGCGCCCCACCGCCCUCCGCGGAACCCCUCGUAACCUUCCACCACCUCUCCCCGCGCUACCCUUCGCCCCGCCCCUCUUCCUCCUCUUCCCCCUCCACCACCUCCCCCACCAGCCCCCGAGACCGAAACCAAGACCAAGAUCAACCACCCCAGUCGUCCCUAUCAAUAUACCAACACCAACCCCCCGCCCACCACGUCCUCCUCGCCAACGGCACCCUCUCCGCCUUCCGCAACCCGUGGCCGUCGUUCGCCGAGGGCGGCGCCGCCGCCGCCCAAGGUGGCGGCCACAGGAUGGGCGCGGGCCAGGUCAUCCACGCGCGGUUCUUGUCGCGCGAGCGGAAAUACGUGCCGGUGCCGACGAAGAAGGAGGAGCUGGUGGGGGUGGUGGUGCCGGAUUGGGGGUGGGGUUUUGGAGAUGGGUCGGGGGGUUGCUGUGGUGGUGGUGGGCCGCCGGUGGAUGAGGGGGGGUUGGGUGGGUUGGGGAAGGAGGUUUUGGGUGGGGAGGGUUUGGGUAAGGAGGUUUUUGGUGAGGGGAUGGGGGGGGUUGCUGGUACCGGUGAAGGGAAAGGGAACGGAGGCGGCAAUCCGAACGCGACCAAGAUGAAGGCGACGUGGAUCGGGCAUGCGUCGUGGCUGGUCGAGACGGGGGUGAAGCGCAAGGCGCCGAUUUGGACGCCGUCGAUUACGCUGACGGUGGCAGAUGACGAGGCGGGGGAUGGCAAGGCGACGACGAGGAUGUUGGAGCUGAAGAGCGAUGAUGAGGAAGAAGAAGAAGAAGAAGAAGGAGAAGGGAGUGAAGAGGAGGGGGGGAAGGAGGGGAAAGAUGAUGACGAUGAUGAUGGCGCUUCGUCUUCUUCCUCCGAGGCGACGGCAGGCCCCGACGACAAAACCACCGAACACUCGUCCGCGGCCGAGAAGAAGGAGACGGGAGGCAAGAGAGGGAAGGAGACGAACAAAACGAAGAAGAAGAAAAAGAAGAAGAAGAAAACGCAGAAAGAAGGCCACGUCGAGCGCGGCAUCCGCAUCCUCUGCGACCCCGUCUUCAGCACGCGCAUGUCGCCCGUCCGCUUCGCGGGACCCAAGCGCUUCAUGCCGCCGCCCUGCGCGCUGGCGGACCUGCCCGACCCCGUCGACGUCGUCGUCAUCAGCCACGACCACUACGACCACCUCGACGGCCCCACCAUCCGCUUCCUCGUCGACCGCGAGCGCAAGCGCCAGCACCGCCUCAAGUCCGCCGGCCGCGGCAUCCUGUUCCUGUGCGGCCUCGGCGUCGGCCGGCACCUGCAGGGCAUGGGCGUGCGGCCCGAGGAGAUCGUCGAGCUCGACUGGUGGGAGGGCGUGCGCGUCGCGGUGCGCGGCGUCAAGGGCGCGGUCCGCGUCAUCGCCACGCCGAGCCAGCACUUCAGCGGGCGGGGCGUGUGGGACGCGGGCAAGGCGCUGUGGUGCUCGUGGGUGGUCGAGGAGGUCGGGCUGAACGACGACGACAUGAACGACGACGGCGGAGGCGGAGGCGGCCUGUCCGGCCUGCAGAAGCGCGCCAACGAGCAGCUCGAGCGCGCGACGGGCGGCCCCAAGCGCCUGUACUUCGCGGGAGACACGGGCUACCGCUCCGUCCCGCCCGCAGUCGCGGCCGCGGCCGCCGCCGCCGACGGGGGCGGAGACCCCGACGACGCCCUCGCGCGCCUGCCGCGCUGCCCCGCGUUCGCGGAGAUCGGCGAGCUGUACGGCCCGUUCGACCUGGCGCUGCUGCCCAUCGGGUGCUACUCGCCGCGGGCGAUGCUGUCGCCGGUGCACGCGGCGCCCGAGGACGCCGUGUGCAUGCACAGGGACCUGCGCAGCCGGCGGAGCGUGGCCAUGCACUACGGCACCGUGCGCAUGCCGCUGAGCGAGCAGUACGAGGACGUGCGGGAGCCGCCCCGGCGGUGGAGGGAGUGCGCCGAGCGGGACGGGCUGAGGUGGGGGGAGGAGGCUGUCGCGUGCAAGAUUGGGGAGACGGUGCUGGUGUAG